AUGCUCCGCCCGGUGGUUCGAGGAGCUCGGUGGUAUCAGCAUGUGGCCCGCUCCAGUCCGUCAAUUUCGCCUCGCCGCUUCACAAGAGUCUUCUCCGCGGUAGCACCACACUCAAGCAACUCUGGCGAGCGCAACGAAAAGGUCACAUUCUACGAGCAGAAUACCCGGGAUAGCAAACACAGGCGAAAGAUAGACUACGAGGCUGAAGAUAAAACAGAGCUGGAGAAUGUGGAGCACGAGCUUUCGAAGCUGGACCAGGAGCUGGAGCUUUUGAAAGAGGGACCAUUUGGGCCCAAUAGCCCCUUCAUACAGAGUCUGCCCGAGAAAGACAAAGCUAUUGCGCUGGAAGCAUUACGAAAAUAUGAAGCGGAACAUGGCAAAGAUGAACCGGACAGUCUCGACCAGGUUUUCGAUGAGGAGUUUGAGAAUCUGCUCAAAAAUGAGUUUGAAGAUCUAGCAGCGGAGGACGAAAACUGGAUGCAAAAUCAAAACGAACAAUCGCCAGAAGAAGUUCCACGGCAGCCCUAUGAAGUCGUACUAGAGGACUCGGAACAUAGCGCCUAUAUUGACAGGUUCAACCGCAGCCUCAAGCGGGUUGCCAAGGACAACUCCCAGCAAAGCGCCGGGCAGGAUCUCUGGAAAUGGUACAGACGGUGCAAACAGGUCAUCCCUCGGUUUAUCGAAUCCAUACCUGAAGCGGCUAUGACAUUGCUGUGGUCAUCUCAGCUAAACAUGCCUUCCAAGACAGCGCGGACCCUCCACAUACAAACUCUUGCGGAAGACGCCGUAUCUGUCGGCCGAUCUCUCUCGACCUCAAACAUGCUUACCUACAUCAACUCUCUACAACAAUCUGGUAAAACCAAGUCUGCCCUGGAUCAGUGGGAGUUGCAUCAGGCGGGACUCAGCCAGCGAAAGGAAGAUCUAGAAUCCUAUUGGAGGUUGGGCGUGCAGCUCUUUGCUGCUGAAGGCGAUCCACAGCGAGCUCAGGAUAUUGCUCUCGCUUUUCUAGCGACUGAUACAUCUCGAAAGCCUCGGGUUCUAAUUCCUGUCAUCACCGCUUGGGGACGACAGCCUGGUAAAGAAGCCGAAGUGAAAGCGUGGGCUCUUUAUCUGCAACUGAAGGCAUUGCUCGGGCAAGGAAUGACUAUGGAAGAUUAUGAUCAGAUUAGCAUUGAGCUUCUGAAAGCCGGAAGGCUCAAUCUCGCCAUUGCUGUAUUCAAGGACAUGAUGGUGACCGGUCAGGAUCCGGCGAACGACUCGACAGCGCUAUAUAAAGCAGCUCUUGGCCUAGUCGGCAACUUGCAAGCAUCAAGUAUAUCGGACCAGCAAGUCAACAAGGUCUCGCUUUCUACGCUUACGGUCCUCCCUCGUCGCUUCCAGAACCGAUUCUUUUAUGCCAGUUGGAUGAAGAAGCUCAUCGGAAUGGGCGAGGUUGAUUCAGCCGCCAUGGUGAUUGAGCUCAUGUAUGAACGAGGCGUCAAGCCGGAUCCGAAACAUCUCAAUGGCCUCAUUGCCGGCUGGCUUCGCGUGGGAGAUGCACCGGCACGGGAGAAAGCUGAAAGCUUGGGUUGGGCUAUGAUUAACCGACGGAUUGACCGGGUCUCACAAUCUGAAUCCAAAAAGGAUACAACAGAGCCGACCUUGUCCGAAAGUAACCAAGCAGGUGCUCGAAUCCCCAAGUUCAUGCAACGACCAAUGCCUACAGCAAACAUAGAGACAUUCUCUAUUCUACUUCUUCAUUAUACCCGAAGAGGUGACGAAGGGGCGAUUGAGCAGUUAGUGAAGGGCCUCACAGACGCCCGGAUCCAACCGAAUUCCUACUUCAUGAACCAUCUUCUAUAUGCCGAGCUUCGCAAGCAUGAUAUCAGCGCCUUGUGGAAUAAGUUCAGAGCCAUGUCUCUCACCGUCCAACCAGACCUCGAAACUUACGCCUGCCUCUGGGACUGUGGCAAGCUCCAGUACGACCGUAGCCGCACGGCCUUUAUCACAGACUUUCCAUCUGCGCGAAGGCUGUUUGCAGAGAUGGUAGCCUGGUAUUCAAAUCUUUCAAACCGCGGCAAAACCACCGCACAAGAAGAAUUCUCCAAGGAUCUCUAUGAUCAAAUUAUCCGCUGCUUCUGCUUAUCGCGUGAUUUACAUGGGACGCUUGUUGCACUUUCCUCUCUCCGUUCAACAUUCGGCUUCUCUCCCGACGAGGCGACAGCUCGCCUUAUCAUUCUGCAAGUCGCGCGGCUCGCUGCCGUCCCAUCAGAUACCCCGAAACGCCGCCUCCGCCGUCUCUCCUCAACACCCAAAAGCAAAGAAAACAUCGCCCAUGUCCAUCGUCUCCUCGAACUCAUCAGUGCUCAAAAGACUACGGCGCUCGAAUCAAGAGGCCUUAACCCUGAGUCCCUAGAUCCCCGUGAGAUGCAAACACACCAGUUUGAAAUCAUGACUGACCUUUUGCGUAUUGUCAUGGCGCGAGUCUCUGGUGUUUCACCAUCGGAGUCUGACCGCGUCGAAGCAAAGAUUCUUGCCGUGGCAGAGGAGAUGGGAGUGCGUGGGAUUUACCUUGGCCCCAAAUUAGGGGAUGAAGACGCCAGCUUGCUCUUGACGAGGUAG